CAAGCAAUGAUUUUCAUUCGUGCCCUAUGGGCGGCUUUUUGGGUCUCCUCACUGGCGCUGGCGCAGACAAAUAAGACCAUUCAGAGGUUGGGCGCGAAGACGGUCGAACCUGACAUCAAUAAACAAACGUGGGAUUGGAAGCCUGAUUCCCGAUGCCGCCUCCUGGCACAUGAAAGUUUGACUCCUUCUUCUGAUCACUGAGGGACCGCUUCUCAUUUGAAAUGUGAAGGCAUUGUUGUCAAUUCUCAGGGAAAAGACCUGCUCAUCUUUGAUGGAGGCCUCGCAAAAUUCAGGCACAAUUGGAACGGCGAAAACAUUGAAGUUCUUGAACUCAGUGAGUUUCAUUUUUCCCCGGUUCUGACUUCACAGUCGCUCACACAGAUUGAGAUCCCCGAACUGUUGUCAUCGACCUCAGCAAAUCCUUCUCCUCUCGGGAUUUCAUUCCAAUCUCCCAACCAAAGAAACCAUUGGGGGUUCCAGUGGUCAACCGCUUCGGCCUCUGGAAAGGAUCAAAUCAGGAUUGGGUUGUGAUGCAAGGGGGACAUUUUUAUGACGCUGACGAUUGGCGAAAUUCUUCUUACUGGGUCGAAAAGAAGGAUAUUCCCCCUUACACGAUCUGGAAGUACGACCUCAAGACUUUAAUUUGGACAGAGAUUGCACUGCCGGAUGAGAUGCGUCGUUUCAAACGUGCAUUUGGCGGUGCGGCCGUUUCUGUUCCAAGGACGGACAAGAGCUACUAUAUUGGGUUUGUCACAAACCUGCUUCUCAGAUAGUAAGCUGAUUUGAAGUCCAGAGGUCUCUGGACUCCACGUGCGUCAAACGACUCCUUCGAACGAUUAGCAGUUCCACAAUCUGGAAUGCUCGUCUACGACCAUAAAACCGGCACCCUGACAAACGAGACAUUCGGUGAGCCAGGAAUGGCCUACUGGCACGGGUCAGCCAACCAUCUUGAAAUUGGAGAGAAGGCUGGAUUCUUGAUCGCCCUCAUGGCUGAGACAGCCCCCGGUGGAGUUCCAAUCGAGGACAAGCCUGGUAUCAAUGAUGAACAUGGCUCUGGCGUAUGUUUUAUAUCCCUCUGAGAUUCGCCGCAUCUCUUUCUGAAAUAAGGACACAGCUUUCGUUCGAAUAUGUGAUGCUCUAUGACCUUGAUGGCAAAAAGUGGAUAAACCAAUCCACAACCUUUUACAAAGGGGAGGCUCCAAUUACCAGAACAAGAUUCUGUGGGCAAACAGUUUAUAGUGAUGAAACAAAAACUUGGGAGUAUACUCACCAUUCCCAAUCCUCAAGAUUUCAAUUUUUAACUUUCAGAAAUCAAACAGACUUUGGGUCCAUGGUGGGAUGUUAAUGGAACCACUUGGAGAAGCUGCUCCGGACGCCUGGGUUUUGACCAUGCCAAGUUUUAUGUCCGUUUCCUUUCCCCAGUUGGGCGUUGUUUCAAAACUGAUUUUUGACAACAUCUCAGCUGGACCCGAGUUGAGGUUCCUGACAGUAUGGUCAGAAUGCGCUCUCACACUUGCAAUGCGGUUGGCAGUCAAUUAUUGAUAAUUGGCGGUUAUCCACCGUCUGCGCAAGUGGAGAAAGAUGCUCCCUGUGAUUCUGAACUGAUUAAAGUGCUAGAUAUGAACCAAGUGACUGUGAGUAUCAUUCAAUUCAAUUGGGAGCAAACAUAAUAAUAUCGUCAUCAGUGGAGUUCACAUUACACCCCUGGAACAGUUUACAAAACACCAGAAAUCGUGCGAAAGAACGCAGAAUUUCACCUUAACCGUGUGGAUCCGCACAGCGGUUGGGCAGACGAUAGCCUACGUGAUGCGUUUCAUUACACUAGGGCCCCGCCCCCGGCCCCCCCCCCACCACCAAAUCUGUCAAGUGGGAAAAUAGCUGCUAUAGGGGUCUCCAGCGCCGUUGUCCUGGCGCUUGUGGUGUUCGGAUCCUGCGUCGCCUUCGGCCUAGUGAAAAUUCCGAGAUUCCGGUGGCCGCUGCCGAGGCUGAGCGGAACGGGAGGUCGGCCAGGAUCAGCUCGGUCAUUCCCCGGAUCAGACCAGGGGGUCGCAAAGUAGAGGAAAUACUAGCCUCCCCUGCCCGUUCCUGAGUCUAGGGCUGUGAUGAUAGCUUGGAAGCUUGAUCUUUUUUUUAUGAGCAAGCGUGUGUGAAGAAUUAAUCUCUUAAUUAAUUGUCUCCGGG